UAUAAUUUUUACAAUGUGUGAGAUUUAGUUUGCCCCUAUUCUUGUUUAUUGUUUACAUUAGCUUGACAGCGUUAAAAUUCUUAGUAGAAGCAACCUUGGCAGUGUAUACUUCUUGCAGAUCAAUAAUAUCAAGCGCAGUGGAAAAUUGGUCAAUGUUUUAUCUGUAGAAACACGACAAUUGUAUCGGGAGUUCAAAGUGCACUGAGUCAGAGCAGAAAAUUUAAGUUAGAAUAGUCAAAAUUGUUUUUAGGUGUUCGGGGACAACAUUCGUAAAAAGAAAAUUCCAGGAUGGAUUCGCUUAUUCCAAUAGUCAAUAAACUUCAGGAUGCAUUCACUCAAAUGGGUGUUCAUAUGCAAUUAGAUUUACCACAAAUCGCAGUGGUCGGCGGACAAUCCGCUGGAAAAUCCUCCGUUUUGGAGAAUUUCGUUGGAAAAGAUUUUUUGCCAAGAGGAUCUGGCAUCGUUACUAGACGACCAUUGAUAUUACAGCUAAUCAAUGGAUCGACAGAAUAUGGAGAGUUUCUGCAUCAAAAAGGCAACAAGUAUUCAAACUUUGAUGAGAUUAGGCAAGAAAUUGAAGCGGAAACCGAUCGAGUGACUGGAGGUAACAAAGGUAUUUCAAACAUUCCAAUAAACCUACGAGUAUAUUCCCCACAUGUACUGAAUCUCACUCUGAUCGAUUUGCCUGGCUUAACGAAAGUGCCCAUCGGAGAUCAACCGGCUGAUAUCGAAAAUCAAAUAAAAGGAAUGAUAUUUCAGUUUAUACGUAAGGAAACUUGUUUGAUUUUGGCCGUUACGCCUGCUAACACCGAUUUGGCCAACUCCGACGCACUGAAGCUAGCGAAAGAGGUUGACCCGCAAGGGGUUCGGACCAUCGGCGUUAUAACCAAGCUUGACCUGAUGGACGAAGGAACGGAUGCGCGUGAUAUUCUAGAGAACAAACUAUUACCUUUACGUCGCGGAUAUAUUGGCGUUGUUAAUCGCUCACAGAAAGAUAUUGAGGGUCGAAAAGAUAUACACGCAGCGCUGGCAGCUGAGCGUAAAUUUUUCCUCAGUCACCCAAGCUAUCGGCAUAUCGCUGAUCGACUGGGAACACCUUACUUGCAAAAAGUGUUGAAUCAACAAUUAACAAACCAUAUCCGUGAUACAUUACCUGGCUUGAGAGAUCGGCUACAGAAACAACUUCUAACAUUGGAAAAGGAUGUCGAGCAGUUCAAACAUUUUCGACCGGAUGAUCCCAGCAUAAAAACUAAAGCUAUGCUGCAAAUGAUUCAGCAACUUCAAUCCGAUUUCGAGAGAACAAUCGAGGGUUCAGGUUCUGCUCUGGUUAAUACAAAUGAACUAUCUGGAGGAGCUAAAAUCAAUCGGAUAUUCCACGAACGCUUGCGUUUCGAAAUAGUCAAAAUGUCGUGCGAUGAGAAAGAACUUCGCAGGGAAAUUUCAUUCGCUAUUCGCAAUAUUCAUGGUAUAAGAGUAGGAUUGUUCACCCCGGAUAUGGCUUUCGAAGCCAUCGUCAAGAAACAAAUCGCUCAACUGAAGGAGCCAAUUCUCAAAUGCAUAGACUUGACUGUACAAGAGUUAUCGAAUGUCGUCAGAAUAUGCACUGAAAAGAUGGCUCGCUAUCCACGUCUUCGAGAUGAGACUGAACGAAUUAUAGCAACUCAUAUAAGACAGUGUGAGCAGCGUGCGAAGGAACAACUUCUCCUGAUGAUUGAUUAUGAACUGGCAUACAUGAAUACGAACCAUGAGGAUUUCAUAGGAUUUGCAAACGCCCAGAACAAAACAGAGAGUGCAGCUAAAACAGGCACAAGAAACCUCGGUAGUCAGGUUAUUCGAAAGGGUCACAUGUGUAUUCAAAACCUUGGUAUUAUGAAAGGCGGUUCUCGACCCUACUGGUUCGUAUUAACAUCCGAAAGUAUUUCAUGGUACAAAGAUGAGGACGAGAAAGAAAAGAAAUUCAUGCUACCACUUGACGGUCUGAAACUGAGGGACAUUGAACAAGGUUUUAUGUCGAGAAGACAUACAUUUGCUCUUUUCAAUCCAGACGGCCGCAACGUUUAUAAGGAUUAUAAACAAUUGGAAUUGUCGUGCGAAAGUACAGAUGAUGUUGACUCGUGGAAGGCUUCAUUUCUACGUGCCGGUGUGUAUCCCGAGAAAGAUACACCUGCAAAUGGAGAGGAUGCGGAAGGAGCAGAGGAUGGGGAACCGACUCGCGGACGUCUCGAGGAAUCCAGUGAAGCUGGACAAACAAGUUCGUUGGAUCCCCAGCUCGAGAGGCAGGUUGAAACAAUUCGUAACCUAGUCGAAUCUUACAUGAAAAUUGUUACGAAAACCACCCGAGACAUGGUCCCGAAGGCUAUUAUGAUGCUGAUUAUAAAUAAUGCUAAGGAUUUCAUCAAUGGAGAAUUGCUGGCUCAUCUGUAUGCAACUGGUGAUCAGGCUUCCAUGAUGGAAGAAAGUCCAGAAGAGGCUCAAAAACGUGAAGAAAUGCUUCGUAUGUAUCAUGCAUGCAAAGAAGCUCUAAGAAUCAUAGGUGAUGUUUCAAUGGCGACAUUCACAACGCCCGUACCCCCUCCUGUGAAAAAUGAUUGGCUCUCUAGUGGUUUGGAUAACCCAAGAUUGUCUCCUCCUAGUCCGGGUGGUCCGCGAAAAAGUGCACCUCAGCAGCAGGGUUCGAUAGGAUCGGUAGGAGCUCCUGCUGCAGGUGGUCGAGGUCCUCCACCUGCGCCUACGAGCGCUAGGCCAGCACCGGCUAUUCCAAAUAGACCCGGUGGAGGAAGUGCACCACCUUUGCCACAGGGCAGACCGACUGGACAAGCUCUUCCAGCUCCACUCAUUCCAUCGCGGCGUUAAGUAAUAAAUUUAUCAAUAUUGAAAAGUCAUACUUAUCCUACAGAUGUUAACAACGAUUUGGCUCUGAAGCACACCAAUUUCCAAGACAUUAACGUAUCAAAAGCCCGACAUUCGAUGGAAUUCGUGAAUUAUAAUUGAACACUUAUCCUUGCUGAAAAAAAUUUAAAAAUACACUAGAUUGAUUGUUCUGCCAGCAAUUUGUACAGUAAAACUUGUAGAAAAUAAUAACUCAUGUAAUAUAAAAGUGUAUUGAUGUAUUGUGCAUCGUCGAGUUUUGCCUGAAACUCAAUAGUUAUAAACAAUAUUUAAAUGUUCAAAUUGUUAGUACUUGAAAUAUAACGGGGAUAUUGUAGUUUUCACAUACUGUUGAAAGAACCGUUGGCACACUGAUAUAAUCCUAUUUCGUCUUCAACUGAAAUGAUAGGCUGAGACAUUGCUAAAUUAAGUUUCUCGUGUAGGAAAUGUAUUUAGUUAACUGUUUUUUGUUGGCAAUAUUGGAUGAAAAAAAUAUGUCAGUAUUAUUUGUAACUAUCGAUAGAAUGAGAUUCUGCACUAAACGACAUUGGGUGUAUAGACUUCCAAUCAUUAAACCGAUAUGGCUCACCCACAUUUCCCGGAUGAUUUUGUUUUUGUUUUUUAUUUAAGAAAUCCAUGUUUAAGCAGGAAAGUGCUGAUGAAAAUUCCAAAAAAAUGUUUGGUUUGAUUAUCGAACGAGAAUGGUGAAUUGGCUUCAGCCAUUUUUUGACCAAAAAAAUAUCAUUGCAUUUUUUAGAAGUUAUGGCCUAAACAACAUCAACUAAUUUAACUACAAUUAUGGUUAGUCAAGUUUAACAAGAUUAUUAUUUCCUCGAAUGUUAUGCGAACUCUGUAGAAAAGAAUUAUAUAAGUAUGAUAAAAAUAAACACAAGUUGCAUACGUGAA